AUGGGCGGGCGGCCUUCAAGCCCCCUGGACAAGCGGCAGCGGCAGCACCUGAGGGAUCAGGAUACAGAAUACUUCCAUCACUCCAGAAAGUUCCUCUGUUCUGGGGAAUAUGAAAACGGGGGCCGUCCUCUGGGCUCCGCGGCCCUGACAGGGUACACAGUCCUGACUUCCCAGCGGGAGUAUCUCCACCUGUUGGACACUCUCUGCCCAGACUCCGCAGCGCCCCGGGGUCCCCGGAAGUCCCCAGGGACCCGGGGCCGGGCCGAGGGGGGUAGAGACCGGGGGAGGGACCCUGCGAGGGAGUGGGAGCCGACCUGGGCAUCCAGCUUCGCCUCCUCGGACUGUCGCCUAAACUCCCUCCUGGAUGCGGUUCACGCCGCUGUCCUGGCCGGGGCCUCCGCAGGGCUCCGCGCCUUCCAGCCUGAAAAAGACCAGCUGCUCGCGGCCCUGGAGAGGACGAUCCGCCCGGACGUGGACCAGCUGAUGGGGCUGCGGGGGCGCGUGGCAGGGAAGCUGCGAACCGAAGUCCAGGGCGCCCUGGAGUGCUGCCUGCGCAGGAGGGUGGACGCACAGCUGCCCCGGGUCACGCAGACUCUGCUGGACAUGGUGGAAGCAGCACUGGCGGCCGUGCAGACCCUCCUAGCCCAGGGCAUGGACCGCCUGGACCGCCACCUGCGUGGGAAUCCCUCGGGCGCCCGGCUGCGGAAAGAGGUUUACGCCUUUGGGGAGAUGCCAUGGGAUCCGGAGCUGAUGCAGGCUUGCUACCGCGAGGCUGAGCGGAGCCGGGGCCGCCUGGAGCAGCUGGUGGUGCCCUUUGGCUUCCUCGGAGCACGAAGUCUGGUGUUUGGGGCCCAGGAUCUCGCACAACAGUGUUUUGAGCUGGAGCUGGUAGCAUCUGGCUCAGUGAAGAUGUCGGGGAUCAGUGGGCCCAGGGAGUUGUCUGUUGUUUCAGAGCUGAAAAAGGCCCUCGGUGCCAGCGACGUAUCCUGUGCUCUGGACAGCUGCUCGGAGGACCCAUGGGACCAGGCGGGAGCAGGUGAGGACCUCACAGGUUCUUGGGCCAGGCCAGCGCGGCAGCGGCGGGACUCCGACGGCCCCUUUAAGGCGCGGCCCUCGUCUGCCGGCAGAAAAGAGGCUUAA